CAUAGAUAUAGGUGCGGCGAGGGUCGCACGGGUGUUAACGCUCAUAGCAGAAAUUACAGAUAUACCUCCCAAAAUACGUCUCUUUGCCGCAGCGAGAGUGUGCGGGAUUAACGCGGAUUUAUCAACCUCCGAGAAUUCGCCCGCGUCGUUCUCGGACGAGGACUUCAAGCGUCGUUUCGGGGGAGAAAUUAUUUACAUAACCAGCUUUCCCUGCGUCCACCGCGAGGAGCGGCCAGUCUCGCCGCGGCGUGGGGUUGCCCACCAAAAUACAGGCCGGUCAACUAUUCUGCUGCGUACAGGCGAUUUUCAUUUCAACAGUUUUGCUUUCAUGUUUAUUGAAAAAGACGCCCCGUGAAGCUUCGCUGUAAAUUUAAGCGUUUUUUUUCACCCGUCAGAGAAAAACAAGUUAUACAACAGGCUGGGCUGUCGGCGGCACACGGUCCUAAAGCCGGUCAAGUUACGGUCGGCUGCCGGAGAGCGCGCGCUUGCGCUGCGGCCAAAUGGUUCAGUUGUCGGCGCUUGUUAAAUUCCUCCACAUAAUGGGAAAGAUGUUGUUAGAGCAGGGUUAGGUGCUCGGUCCAGACGGGAUUCAAACGCGGGUGUCUGUAACGCCCUCACACGCACCGAUUUUCACAUUUGACUGGACUACGCGGUUUGCCUCGUUCCCCCACCCCCCACGUGAGUGAGAACGCACUUUAUCGGAAUAAUAACAACAACAAAGAGACUCUUGAAAUUAAGUAAGGACUCGUCCACUUGAGUAAUGGUCGUUAAUACGAUCCACUGGUUCAGGAAGGGCUUGCGGCUCCACGACAACCCCGCUCUCAAGGACUCUAUCCAGGGCGCGGACACCGUCCGCUGCGUCUACAUCCUUGACCCUUGGUUCGCGGGCUCCUCUAACGUCGGCAUCAGCAGGUGGAGGUUCUUACUGCAGAGUCUUGAGGAUUUGGAUGCCAGCCUUCGCAAGCUCAACUCCCGUCUGUUCGUGAUUCGUGGCCAGCCCACUGAUGUCUUUCCCCGACUCUUCAAGGAAUGGAAGAUCACUUGUCUGUCUUAUGAGUAUGACUCUGAACCCUUUGGGAAGGAGCGAGAUGCAGCUAUCAAGAAGCUGGCCUGCGAGGCUGGCGUGGAGGUGACGGUGCGCAUCUCCCACACGCUCUAUGAUCUGGAUAAGAUUAUAGAGUUGAAUGGGGGUCAGUCGCCCCUCACCUACAAACGUUUUCAGACCCUCAUCAGCCGUAUGGAUCCCGUGGAGCUGCCCGUAGAAUCCAUCACGGCUGAAACCAUGGGGAAAUGUAUCACGCCCCUCUCUGAUGACCACGAUGAAAAGUUUGGAGUCCCGUCCUUGGAGGAACUGGGUUUUGACACUGAAGGCUUGUCCUCAGCUGUGUGGCCAGGGGGAGAAACCGAAGCCCUUACACGCUUGGAGAGACAUUUGGAGAGGAAGGCAUGGGUUGCUAACUUUGAGCGUCCGAGGAUGAACGCCAACUCCUUGCUGGCCAGCCCCACAGGCCUCAGCCCCUACUUGCGCUUUGGCUGUCUAUCUUGUCGGCUUUUCUACUUCAAACUCACUGACCUUUACAGAAAGGUAAAGAAGAACAGCUCUCCUCCGCUCUCCCUCUAUGGCCAGCUGCUGUGGCGUGAGUUCUUCUACACGGCAGCCACCAACAACCCGCGCUUCGACAAGAUGGAGAGCAACCCCAUUUGCGUCCAGAUCCCCUGGGAUCGCAACCCCGAGGCGCUAGCCAAGUGGGCGGAGGGCCGGACUGGUUUCCCCUGGAUCGAUGCUAUCAUGACCCAGCUGAGGCAAGAGGGGUGGAUCCACCACCUGGCCAGGCACGCCGUGGCCUGCUUUCUGACCCGAGGGGACCUCUGGAUAAGCUGGGAAGAAGGCAUGAAGGUGUUUGAGGAGCUGCUGCUGGAUGCAGACUGGAGUGUGAACGCAGGAAGCUGGAUGUGGCUCUCCUGCAGUUCUUUUUUCCAGCAGUUCUUCCACUGCUACUGCCCUGUGGGCUUCGGCCGACGAACAGACCCCAAUGGAGAUUACAUACGACGCUACCUGCCCAUUCUGAGGGGAUUUCCUGCCAAGUAUAUUUAUGAUCCCUGGAAUGCCCCAGAAAGUGUGCAGAAGGCGGCCAAAUGUAUCAUCGGUGUGCACUAUCCCAAGCCCAUGGUGCACCACGCCGAGGCCAGCCGCCUCAACAUUGAACGCAUGAAACAGAUCUACCAGCAGCUCUCGUGCUACAGGGGACUUGGCCUACUGGCUACAGUUCCAUCCAACACAAAUGGUGCUGGAGAAGUUUCUUCAGGCAUGAUGGGAUUCACCAUCGAGAAUACGCAUGAUGCUGUGACUUCAUCUGGUUACCAGAUGCCAGUCCUUUCCCAGGGAGAAUGGCAAAGCAAUGUCAUGAUGUACCCUCAGGGUGAGCCCCAAACCAACAUUGGCACUCAUCAGCAGGCUUAUGCCGGCUCCAGCAGCAGCAUGAUGUGCUACGCUCAAGGCACCCAGCAGAUUCCUGGCUCUGCGUUGCAGCAAGGGCAUGGACAUCACAGCAACAUUCAGACCGGUGGCAAACGACAUAGUGAAGACUCUGGAAACAGCACUAGCUCCAAAGUACAGAGGCAGAGCAGCCACUAGACAGGAAACGUCCUCAGACUCGGAUGUCAAUCAUACUGUGUACGCUGCCAUCCCAAAAUGGACACUCACACCCAAGCUCUGUUACAAUACUACACUGUCAAGUCGCGAUGGUGAUGGGUGAACAUAAUGAUAAAAGAGGAGGGCAUCGAUCCUGUCAUUAAGCACAUUCACAAGUUUCUAACGUUUCGGACUCUGUUUUACCACAUGAACUGAACAACCCAGCCAGCGCUGACAUCCUUGCAGUGCUGUGGCACAGGAAAGGCUACGAUAUUAUGCCGCUCGGAGGAUUAACAUGGCAUGGCUGGGACCAAAACCUUUUGUGUAUAUAAUGAAUUUGAUAAUUUCAGCUCACAUACAACUUGUAUAUAUUUGAUAUUGUAUGUGUUUUUUUUCUCUUUCUCUUUGUGUAGCCAUAGACCCAUUGAUAUAUUUUUGAUAAAAAGAAUCAUUGUGGAUGGAUGUCAAUUCUUUUUUGAAAUUUUCAAUAAAAAGUGAAAGCAUUUAUAGACGGUCCAGUCCCUAGAUCAGUGGUUCUCAAUCAGGUCCUCAAGGUACCAGCAGCGCUGCUGGUUUUCUCUUGUCAGGUUCACUACAUCCACCUGUUAUUCCAGGGCUGAAACCUCCUUGAUGGGAGGCUGGAAUAACGAACAAAAGGAGGAUGUAAUGGAACUACCUGACAUGAGAAAACCAGCAGCACUGGUGGUACCUGAGGACCUGAUGGAGAACCACUGUACUAGAUGGUAUGAAACCUUUUGCCAGAUAUAUCUAAUUCAGCUGCCUCUCCUCUCAUUUACUUCCUCGAUCUGUAUCUGUAUCUCCUCGCCAUCGGUCGUAGAGCCAUCUAGUCUGUCCAUAGAGGUGUUAUAGAUCAUCUCCUUUCAACCCAUCUCAGUACAGAGUGGUUCAGUUUUACUCGUUUUAUACUUAACCACUGAUAAAAAGAUAUCAUCGAGGCAACAUCAGCAUGAUGUUGCUCUCGAAUUGUUUCCCUUGUCAAUGGUUGUUGGUGGAAAGAUGGCAGGAAUAUGAAUCUUAUCAUUUCAUGGUUUCCUUCUGUGUUAUCAAUAAAUGUACCACUGGAGUAUAGUGCUGCACUUACUACUUGUUCUCUCCCAAUGUGCUUGUUUAAUUAAAAACUGGAUAAAUAUUCAAA